GGGGAUGGGAUGGGGAUGGGAUGGGGAUGGGAUGGGGAUGUGGAUGGGGAUGGGAUGGGAUGGAAUAGGAAGGGGUGGUCUCCAUGCUGCCCCAUGGCGCUCAGUGUCCCAGCCCCACGCGUGCUGACCCUCCCCACCUCUCCCCCCGCAGUCCAUAUUCAGCGACUCCUCAGGUGUCUUUGACGAGCAGUACUGUGCCGCCAUGGCGCGGCGCUACGUCACCCUCAUGUCGCGCCUGAAGGCGCUGGGCUACAACCCCGAGGUGCACCCGGCGCUGGCCGAGUCCCUGGUCAACACCUUCGGCAUCCUGCGGGAGCUGCCCGAGGCGGACGGCUCCGACGCCCACGCCACCCCCAGCCCCAGCCUCCUGCGCCAGGUGGUGGCCGAGACGGUGCCGCCGGAGGUGCGGGCGGACGCGCUGGUGCUGCUGGAGUGCCUGCAGGAGCUGGCGCGCGAGGACGGGAAGCCGCUCUUCCUCAGCUGAGCCCCCCCCAGGCAUUAAAGACAACCCCAACUCACUGGGCACUGGCGUGGCAGCGAUAGAAUGAUAACGUGGCACCGGCACGCUCACCCUCCGCUGGCCCCACUGGUGGCACCGUCACAGCCU